GGAACAUGGCGCGGCCGCCCGCGAGCCUCGGGUCGCAGGCACCGGACCGCGACCGAGGGGAGGCCAACGUGGUGGCGCGGAUGUCGCAGUGGGCGGAUAACCAUCUGCGCCUUGUCCAGAACAUCAGCACUGGAAUGGCCAUAGCUGGGAUAAUAGUUCUAAUAAGGACUGUUCGGCUGACAUCAAAAUUUACAACCUCUUCGGAUAUUCCAGCAGAAUUUAUAAGAAAGAACGUUAAACUACGUGGCCGAUUACGGCGGAUAACUGAGUGUGGUCUAGAGAUUGAACAUAUACCUAUUACUUUACCUUUCAUAUCUUCAUGGAAACGAGAACGACGUGGAGCCCUGCUGGUUAAACUGGCUGGAGUAGAACUCACUGAAAGUGGGAAGGUGUGGUUACGGAAGGAGCUGAACCCGUCCCAGCUGCUGUGGUUCCAGCUCCUUGGAAAGGAGAACUCGGCACUCUUUUGCUACCUUUUAGUGAACAAGGGUGGAUAUUUUAACGUAAAUCUGAAUGAGGAGAUAUUGAGAAGAGGCUUGGGCAAAACCGUCCUUGUUAAAGGGUUAAAUUACGACUCAAAAACCCACUGGAAAAUUCACAGAAAGUUACUUAAAGCCGAAUUGACGGCCUUAAAGAAAGGAGAAGGAAUAUGGAAGGAAGAGUCUGAAAAAGAAAGUUAUUUUAGAAAAUUGAAAGAUUCCUGGAGAGAGAGAUGGACAAAGGACAAUGAUUUAAAAACAACUGGACCGGGUCUCAGCUCCACCAAAGAAGGUUAUUAUGACAGCCUGCGCAGGGCUUAUGGAAACUGGAAGGACAGCAUUGGCAACUACUCUUUAGUUCUGAAACUCAGAGAAUUUGUGAGCCGCUUACACUUUCGGAAGAAAGGAUGAAGUGUCUGGAACUGUGUGAGCACUUUUCAUUGAGGCAAAAUGGAAACUCCCUCAGGCGAACAAAAUCUAAGUCUCGUGGUACUCAUAACCACUGCUAACAUCAGAAUCAAUUUGAAUGUAUUAUGAGCAAUGUAAUAUACUUUUAGAAAGAAUGACAAAUUGUAAAAAGUUACCAGGUAGAAGAAUGUACACAUGUAGAACUAACAUUUUGUCUUUUUCUUUUUUUCUCCCCACCCCGUAGUGCCAGGGAUUGAACUCAGGCACUCUGGUCUAGCAGCAGGCCAUUACCAAGCUGUAUCACCAGCCCUAUAGCGCUAAUGUCUGAAGAGAAAGUUUAAGUACUGACUGUUAUAUUAGUUAUUUGGGGCAGCCAUAUUUAACAUUUUUUUUCACUUUUAUCAACUUUAUAAUAAAGAAGUUAAAAAUUUUUUUUUCUUUCUGAAGUCACUCUUUUUCUCUAGGCAUCUUUCUAGUUACUGCUGAGUUAGGACCACUGAUCCAAGAGGUAUGGCCACCAUUCCUCUUAACAAAUACAGCUACUUUCAUCCUGUUGUAAGAGGAUCCAUCUUAAGAUAAAGAUGAGGAUGGCAGCACAGAGAUCAGAAAAGAUCUUUAGGACAUCACUGAGCUCCUGAACUCACCAAAUCUCUAGCUACCCUGUCUUCCAACUCCUAGUUACAUGAGAGUAAACUGCCUUGGUGGUAAAGUUGGAGUUGGGCAUGGUGGCACACACCUGCGAUCCCAGCACUUGGUAAGUAGAGACUGGAGGAUAAAAAGUUCAAGGAUACCCUUGAUUCAUACUGAAUUCAAGACCAGUUUGAGCUAAUUAAUAUGAGAGUUUACCUAAAAAUCAGAAAUAUCAAAAGCAAAAACACCCCCCAACCUCUUUAAUGUAGUAAAAUCUUCCUGUCUGCCUAGAGCCAAACCCAGGAACUUAAAGAACGUCUGGCAUUUCCUUGGAACUGGUUAUGAGAGUGGGAUGGUCUAGGG